AUGAUCGGCUCCAAAGACCUCCCACCAUCGACGGUGUCCUUCGGACGUGUCUUCUACAACAACCAGUUCUGCGCCAAGCCUCAAUGGCCCGUCCCAGGAACCAGUCUGUCAGGCAAGACAGCGAUUAUCACCGGCGGAAAUACGGGUUUAGGCUAUGAAGCCGCCCUUCAACUGCUGGAUCUUGAGCUGUCCCGCCUGAUCGUAGCUGUGCGCUCCCUCGAGCGAGGCGAGGAGGCCGCCGCAAAACUUCGUCAUCGGUAUCCCGCCGCAACUAUCCACGUUUGGAUUCUCGACAUGCGCUCUUACAAGUCAGUCCAAGAUUUUGUUCGUCGCAUCGACAAAGAGUUGGAUCACAUCGACAUCGCCCUUCUCAAUGCCGGUGUGAUACGCAUGGGCUUUACCAAGGUUCCCAGCACUGGCCAUGAAGAGACAAUACAAGUCAAUUACCUCUCAACCAUGCUGCUCGCCAUUCUCCUUCUCCCUGUUCUGAAAGCCAAACGGCAGAAAGGUGGCGACCCUGCGCGGCUGACAAUCGUCAGCGCCGCCCUGUCGCUGGCAGCCGCAUUUCCUAACCGAGAUGCCAACCCUCUGCUCCCAUCAUUUGACGACCCCACGACGUUUGUCAGUGGGGAAGCAUACGACACGUCAAAGCUGCUCGCACACAUGUUUCUCUGGAAGCUGGUCGACAAUAUCUCUGCCGACAGUGUCAUUGUCAACCUGGCUGACCCGGCUUGGUGUAAGGGCACGAGCUUGGCCCGCGACGCUCAAGGAAUCAUGAAGUUGGGGGUUGCGGCUUUCGGGGCUGCAACAGGAAGGACACCGCGAGUUGGCGCCUCUUGUUUUAUUGACGCCAUUGUCAACAAAGGCAAAGAGUCUCAUGGGUGCUUUCUGAUGAGCUGGAAAAUUCACCCGUUUUCUGCGUUCCUCUACACUCAAGAAGGCAGUGUCGUUAUUGACCGACUUUGGCAAGAGACAAUGGAUGAACUGGACUUUGCGGGGGCUAGAUCUAUUUUAGAAAUGUUGCAUUAA